AAACAGCUUAUAGAAGCGGGUAACGCUUAUUUUGUUCUCAACUUUGGUGAGAGAGCCAUCUAGUGAUUGCCGCUUGAAACACUCGCGUGUGAUUUUGUGUACUAAGUGACAUUUUUUGAAAAUCCUUGUGAUCCAAAAUGCCUGGACGUCCUAUUUGGCAGUGUGCUGGUAAGCGUGAGCCUGAGAAGGAGCAAGAAGCCCAGCAAUGGAUCGAGGCGGUGAUCGGCGAGAGGUUCCCCAACAUGCCCUAUGAACUGGCUCUUCGCGACGGUAUCAUCCUGUGCAAGCUCAUGAACCGUCUACAGCCUGGCAUCAUCACCAAAGUCAACGUCUCUGGUGGGGACUACAAGUACAUGGAUAAUAUUAACCAAUUCCAGAAAGCGUGUGUGAAGUACGGAGUACCUGAUGUCGACCUCUUCCAAACAACAGACCUUUGGGACCAGAAGAACAUCGCUCUCGUCACACAAACCAUCUUCGCUCUUGGCAGGACGGCAUACAAACACCCGGAAUGGCGCGGCCCCUACCUAGGACCCAGGCCUGCUGAGGAGAACCGACGUGACUUCAGCGAAGAUGUGCUCCGUGCUGGCAAUGCCGUCAUUGGUCUUCAAGCUGGCACCAACAAGUUGGCCAACCAAUCCGGCCAGAACUUUGGCGCGUCUCGCAAAAUCAUCCUUGGCAAGUGAAGUACUAGGCUGCCAGAAAUCAAAGAUGGUAUUUUCGCAACACUACUUAAUUGUUUAUUUAUUUGUGGAAUUUGUCACUUUGGUUUAUUUUUUUUUAUGUAGAAUAAGUUUAUGUUGUAGGUAUUUUGGUUUAGUUUAAAUAUCUAUGUAUGUAUUGAUUGCCUAAUUUUUGUAGUUCCUUGUCCCAAAAUUGUAUGUAGAAAUUUUAAUGUGAUCGUAAUGAUUUUUAUAGAAACGUAGUACGUGUUAUUAUAAUUUUCAAUUUUAUUUAAAAGCCAAAAUAAUGAAUAGAUAUAAUUUACCAAAGUUUUUUGACUAGUCAUAAAAUUUUAUAAUUUUAGUUAUUUCUAUUUUUUUAUUUAAGUAUCUAUAUAUGUUUUAUUUAAACAAUGCCUACUUUUAAGUUCUAAUCAAUAAACUGUGAUUUAUCGAGUCGGACGAGGCUUAACAUUUGGUACAAAAACUUUUAUUAAAUUACAACAACGACUGCAUACAAAAUAAAUAGUAUAAAACCAUCAAGGAUAAUUUAUUGUGGUCAACACAGAGCUCCUUAUAUUUAAUUGGAUGAAUUACGUGCCUUUUAUAAAUAAAUGUAUGUGGUACCAUC